CGAUGAGGCUGGCGCCAACGGCCGGCGUUGCGGCGCGGGAGGCGGCGCGGGAGCGCGGCAUUGAGAGACUGGCCUAGCUGGGGCCCGUGGCCCUCCCUCUUCUGACUGGUACGCAGGUCCUGCGCACGCUGUGUGGCCGCAGCCGCCGGGCGGUGGGCGCCGAAGGGGCCGGGAGGCGAGCCGGGGUCCCCAGGCGGGUGUGGGCAUCGUAUCCUCAGGCAGCGUCCCCCGAGGCCGCGGUGGGGCCAUGAUUCACUCGGUGAAGCUGCGCCGCGACAGCGCGGCCGACUUCGCCUCGCACUAUGAGUACCUGUGCGCGCUGCAGGACUCGGUGCCUCUGCCCGCCGUGCGCGCUUCCCUGCGGGAGGGCGUGCUGGACUUCAACGCCGACCGCCUCCGCGGGGUGGACUGGGCGCCGCUCCUGAGCACCCUCAAGAUUAAUAAAGAUCUGCCCCUGAUCUGUAUCAAGAGCUUCUUCCAGCCAUGGCUUGGCGAGACAGGUUCUGACAGAAAUAAAGUUUACAGAAGUCGUGUUCCUGCGAUAAGAAAUAAAGAUGUGACCUUCCAGUUGUGUAAAGCUCUUAAAUGCUGUGUAAGUGCGUCGGGUGUGCUAAGGAACCUGGAGCUAAAUGGGCUAGUUCUGAGAGAGAGAGACUUAACUAUGUUAACAAAGGGAUUGAAUAAAUCGGCCACUUUGGUGCACCUGUGUCUUGCGAAUUGUCCAAUUGGAGAUGGAGGUUUAGAAAUUAUUUGUCAAGGUAUAAAGAACUCUAUCACUCUUAAGACAGUAAACUUCACGGGGUGUAAUCUGACAUGGCAGGGAGCAGAUCACAUGGCCAAGAUCUUAAAGUAUCAGACUAUCAGAAGGCAUGAAGAAACCUGGGCUGAGAGUCUUCGUUACCGGAGACCUGAUCUUGACUGUAUGGCUGGCUUGAGGCGCAUCACUCUGAACGGCAACACGCUCAUUGGUGACCUGGGUGCAAGUGCUUUGGCAGAAUCUCUUAGUGAGGAUUUGUGGCUUAGAGCACUUGACCUGCAGCAGUGUGGCCUCACCAGUGAAGGAGCAAAGGCUUUACUAAAGGCCCUUGAAACCAACAGAACUCUGGUCGUUCUGGAUAUAAGAAAAAAUCCACUUGUUGAUCAUUCUGUGAUGAAAGCGGUUAUCAAAAAAGUUCUCCAGAAUGGAAGGAGUGCCAAGUCAGAGUACCAGUGGAUAACUUCUCCAUCUGUGAAGGAACCAUCCAAAGCUGCUAGGCAGAAAAAGAGAACUAUAAUUUUGGGAAGUGGUCGAAAAGGAAAAGCUACUAUUAGAAUUGGAUUGGCCACAAAGAAACCUGUAAGUAAUGGAAGGAAACACUCUGCUGGUAAAGAAUGUUAUGCUCCUGAACCUCUACCACCUGGUGUGUCUGGUUUCCUGCCGUGGCGUACUGCAGAACGUGCAAAAAGGAACAGGGGUUUUCCAUUCAUCAAAGCUCGUGAUGUAUGUAAUCAGUUGCAGCAAUCAGAAUUUCCUGUGACUGUGACAGUAGAGAGUCCUUCCUCCUCAGAAAUCGAAGAGGUCGAUGAUUCCUCAGAAAGUAUUCAGGAAGAGCCAGAGAAAAUCAGUUUGAAACAAGAAGCAUUGCAGGAAAAACUGGAGGAGUGCCUAAAGCAGUUAAAGGAGGAAAGAGUAAUAAGACUUAAGGCUGAUAAACGAGUCAGUGAGCUGGAACAUGAAAACGCCCAGUUAAGAAAUAUAAAUUUCUCUUUGUCUGAAGCCCUUCAUGCACACUCAUUGACAAGCAUGAUCCUGGACGAUGAAGGUGUUUUGGGCAGCAUUGAGAAUUCUUUUCAGAAGUUCCAUGCUUUCUUGGAUCUCCUUAAAGAUGCUGGGCUUGGUCAGCUGGCCACAAUGGCUGGUAUAGAUCAGUCAGAUUUUCAUUUACUAGGUCGUCCCCAGAUGAAUUCUACUGUUAGUAGUCCACCUAAAGAAGAAAAGAAGGCACUUGAAGAAGAAAAAUCAGAAUCAAAGCAGAAUGCCUUAGGACAAAUGCAAAAUAUCCAAGUUUCUAUUUGUAUGCAGUCAGCUUACAAUGAAGGAACACUAAUGAAGUUUCAGAAAAUUACAGGUGAUGCUAGGAUUCCUUUGUCUCUCGACUCCUUCCAGGUCCCAGUCUCUACUCAGGAGGCCUUAGAAACUUCCAAAGAUAACCUGGGGUUUACAGUCACAGAGCAGCGACAGGAGUCUUUUGAAGAUUUCAUUGCUAGAACAUGUCCUCCUUCAGUAGAUGUCAUUUCUGGAACUGGAAGUCAAAGAAAAGAAGAGGAAUUAUCUAGAAAUAGCAGGUCUUCUUCAGAGAAAAUGACCAAAGCAGAAUCCCAUUGAAAUGACUGGAGAAAUAUUAAAACAAAAAUAAAUUAAUAGCAGAACCAGAAAAUGAACAAUGUGGACUUCCUAGAAGAUAAAGAGCAGAUUAUUGAAAGAGGAGUUAAUUGAAGAGUGGAACAGCUAAGCCGUUCCACUUACCGCUUUAUGGAGUACCUAAUUAUGGAGUUUGCCAUCAAGCUCAGGCUAGGAAAGCAGCUCUCUGAAGUGGGGGUCCUGACACAGGACACACUGGGAUUGGAGAACAAGGGCAUUAUCCAAAAUGACUACAAGCAGGAACUGAAGAUAAGCUGCCACACUUCCGGUUACGGUGACCUGCCACUCCCUUUAUAAUCACCAGAGUGCCUGUAAUCAGAAUUUGUAUUCAUUGAAAGUGAACCAGAAUUCUCAUUUGGCUGAGGAAAGUCACUUCAAACCUUAGUCUUAGGCCCUCAUCUAUAAAUAUGCCAAGAAUCAUCAAAUUUGAAGAAAACCACUAACAUAAAAGGAGACACCAAAUUAAAACAAAUUAACCUGUUCAAGAAAGUAGUUACUAGAAGAAACAGAAGAAGUUUAAAAAUUAAUACAAUUAGGAUCUUCAAAGAGUCAUGGGGAUGUUGCAUCCAUAAAGAAUAGGAUGCUAGGAAAAAGAUAUUUAGUUUUUGGAAAUUAAAAAUACGAUUGUGAAAAUAGAACACUCAGAAGAUGGACUAGAUAGCAGAAUAGAUUCAGUUGAAGCUUCAAUUCAUGAAAUGGAAGAUCUGAUUGAGAGAUACCCUCAAUAUGCAUUGCAAAGGGAUGAAACAUAAAAGUUAUGAAAAAGAAGUGAGACUCCUAGAAGAACAUGGGAAUUGGCAUACAGUAAGUGCACAAAUAUUUGUUGUAUGAGACAAUGCAGAUAUCAGUAUGAGCAAUGAAUCCAUGGAAGAUUUUAAAUCAAAGGAACUGGUGAUGCCAUGUGAUCUGUCUUUCCCCUUUAUAGUCACCAUGGAUGCUUAUAAUUAGGAAAAAUCUAAGUAAAUAUUAUGCAUAUGUGAAACUGAAGUGAGCUAAAAUGCUAGGCUUUAACAUGAAUGGAGGCAGGGCAGGAUAUAGAAAGUGGAACAGUGUUCAGGAUCUCGUCUUAUUCAAGGCAAGAAUAUGGUGUUUACCUCUAUGUGUUGAUAGAAAAAUAUGUUUAAGUAUAUUUGAAGUGAAAGGCAUAUCAGUAAGGAUAGGUUAUGUGACGAUACUUCAGCAACAAGCCUGAAAUCUUAGUGACUUAAAGCAACAUUGGUUUAUUUGUGCUCAUUCUGUAUGUCUUUGGCAGAUUGGCUAGAAGCCCUACUCCAUAUCCCCCUCAACCUGGGAGCCAGCUGACAAAGCAUCACUAUUUGGAACAUUGCUUGUUACAAUACCAAGCAAAAAUAGAUUGUGAUGCAACAUACCCUGACUUAAAGCUUCUGCUUUAAGUGACGCAUGUCACUUCUCACAUUUCAUUGGCCAAAGAAAAUCACAUGGCCACAGCUGAAUUCAACUGAGCAGGGAAGUACAGACUUACUGUGUGCCAAGACAAGGAGAGAGAGAAGCAAAUAUACGUCAACAACUUUAAUAGCCCCCAAACCACCAGGAAAGGGGGGAUGGAAUUUAAAAAUCCAAGAAAAGGCAGGAAGGAAGAAAGCAAGAUAAAUACGAACACACACAAACACACACAUACAGACGGUAGCAAGACCAAAUGCUGUUCUCACAAUAAAUGUAAGUUAAAUUCUGGAAUUCCUUAAGCUUGAGUAAAAAAACAAUCCAACUAUGUGCUAUUUGCAAAAAAAAAUCUAAAAGAAUUUCAUAGAUUUUAAAGAAGUAAACGAGCAUACCAGGCGGAUGCUAACAAAAGUGUAUGUGACUAUGUUAACCUCAGAAUAAACAGAAUAAGUAGGACUCAAGAUGAAAACCAUUAAGUGGGAGAAAGUAAAAACAUUUCAGCUGAUAAAAAGUAUAGUUUUGCAGAAAGAUUAUUUGAAAUCGGAUCUGCAAUCUAAAAACUCAGUUUCAAACUGUAUAGAGCAAAAAUAGAAAUACAAGGAAAAGUGAGCAAACCAAUUAUGAGAGAGACUUUAACACAUCUCUCUUCCAAAUCAGUGGAUCUGCUACUACUCACUAAAUAAGAAAAUACUGAUAGAACCAAGGGCUGGUGAGGAUGCAAAGUAACUGAAAUUCUGGUGGAAACACAAAAUGAUGGAGUCCCUCAAAACAGAUUGGCAGUGUCUUUAAACAAAUACACCAGCAGCUUCACAAGUUACAUGAAAACUUACGCUCACGUAAAAACAUGUACAUGGGGCUUCCCUGGUGGUGCAGUGGUUGAGAAUCUACCUGCCGAUGCAGGGGACACGGGUUUGAGCCUCGGUCUUGGAAGAUCCCACAUGCCGUGGAGCGAUGAGGCCCGUGAGCCACAAUUGCUGAGCCUGUGCGUCUGGAGCCUGUGCUCUGCAACAAGAGAGGCUGUGAUAGUGAGAGGCCCGUGCACCGCGAUGAGGAGUGGCCCCCUCUUGCCGCAAUUGGAGAAAGCCCUCGCACAGAAACGAAGACCCAACACAGCCAUAAGUAAAUAAAUAAAUAAAUAAAUAAAAUUUAAAAAAAAAACAUGUACAUGGUGUUUAUAGCAGCUGUAUUCAUAAUCAUCAAAAUGUCUUCCAAAAGGUGGAUGGAUAAACAAAUGAUGGUGUGUCCACACAAUGGAAUACUACUCAGCAAUAAAAAAGAAUAAAUUAUUAAUACAUAUGUCAACUUGGAUGAAUCUGAAAGUCAUAUGCUAAGUGAAAGAAGCCAAAAGGUUACAUCUUGAUAUAAUCUCAAAAGAUACAUACUUCAUGAUUCCAUUUAUAUAAUAUUCUCUUUUUUCAGCUGCAUCGGGGCUUAGUUGCGGGAUGCGGGAUCUUUGUUGAGGCGUGCUGGCUUCAGAGCACGUGGGCUCUGUAGUUUGCAGCACACGGGCGCUCUAGUUUAGUUGUGGUGCACGGGCUUAGUUGCCCCACAGCAUGUGAGAGCUUAGUUCCCCGACCAGGGAUUGAACCCACGUCCCCUGCACUGGGAGGCGGAUUCUUAACCACUGGGCCACCAGGGAAGUCCUGUUUAUAUAAUACUCUUGAAAAGGCAAAACUGUGGUGCUAAGAGACUAGAUGAGUGGCUGUCAGGGGUUGGGGUGGGAAGGUUUGAAUACAGAGAGGCUGUGCAAGGGAGUUUCUUUCAGUGAUGGGCUGCUCCUUGUUCUGCUUGUGUUGGUAACAUGAAUCCAUACUUAAUGUAAGGGAACUGUACCCCCCUAAAAAACAUCAUUUUUACUGUAUAAUAAUUGUAAAACAAAAAUCUCAGGCCCACCCCCCUCCCAUCAGUAGGUUAGGAGAGGGAAGAUACAUAAAUAUUUUGUAUCCAUCAUGAAUUCAAAGCAUUCUUUAUAUUUUCUAUCCAUUAGGAAUACAAAACGUUCUCUUGGAAAACUUAUGAACUGUUUAUAAAAGGGAUUCAUGUAAGGGUAAAAAAGUACAGAAUGCAGACCUGUUCUCUUUCAUGAUAUAAAACUAAUAACAAAAGGCUUGUCCACUUGGAAAUUUUUAAAUUACCUUUUAAAUAACUCAUUUAUAGGGGAAUUCAGAACAAAUUACAAACUAUUUAGAAUUAGUAAAAAACCACUUCUCAAAACCUACAGGAUUCUGCCAAAUCAGGAGUUAGAGGAGAUUUUGUAGAUUUCAUUUUUCAGGGAGUAAGAAAACUGAAAAUAGGUGAAAUAACAAUUUAACUUUAGAAGCUAGAAAAAAUGAUAAACUAGAAGAAAGACAUGAGGAAUUUUAAAUGUUAAAAUCAGAAAUUAAUAAAAUUGCCAAAAAAUUUUGAUCAAUGAAACUAAAAGGUUUUAAAAAUCAAAACCAAUAAAAGGCAAACCUUUGGAAAAUAUGACAAAAAUAGCUAGCAUUAGGAAUAAUUUUUAGAAAGAUACCUACAAAUAGACUUUUUAAUUACAAGGGAGUACUAUUUAUAAUUUACUCCUGAUAUGGUCGUAUAACUUCAUUCCAGUAAUUUUGAAAGACUAGAUGAAAUGCGAUAACUUAAAAAAAAUAGAGAUUCUAAAAAUUGGCAAAAGAUAGAAAAUGUAAAUAGACCAAACAUCUUAGGAGAAAUUGAAAGAGCAGUAUGAAACUUUUUUUUAAAUAUAAUUUUAUUUUAUUUAUUUAUUUUUCACUGUGUUGGGUCUUUGUUGCUGCGCUCAGGCUUUCUCUAGUUGCAGUGAGCAGGGGCUACUCUUCUUUGUGGUGUGCGGGCUUCUCAUUGCGGUGGCUUCUCUUGUUGUGGAGCACGGGCUCUAGGCUCGCAGGCUUCAGUAGUUGCAGCACA